AGUUGGACAUUGGGCCGGAAGAGCCGUCUGUUUUCUUAAAUGGAUUGUUACAGACACUUUUUCUGGAUAUAGAUAUUUUUGCUUUGGAGAUGAAGGCAUUCAAGGUUGCCCUCAUAGCAUAGCAAUAUCCAUUGUCAAACACUCAGUUACCACACAACUAGUUAGAAGAACCCAACUACCACUUGCGUUAGCAAACUGGAACACCUCCCACUGAAACGUACUAAGUGAAAACCGGAAACGGAUAUAAUCAUCGGAAAUAUUGCACCGCGUUAGGUGUCCCCUUGUCUCCAGUGCCAUGGAGAAGAACAACUCUAUCAAGCUGUUUGUGGGGAACCUACCUCUGGAGACUAGCCAGGAGGAUCUGAACCAGCUUUUCGCCCCGUACGGAGAGGUCGUGACCUGCAGUCUCCUGCGGCAGUUCGCGUUCAUCCACCUCCAGAGCGCGGGCGCCGCUGACCGCGCCAUCAGGGAACUCAAUGGGAGGGACUUUCGCGGGCGCAACCUCGUCGUGGAGGAGUCCCGCGCGCGACCUCUGAACUCCACCAAGGUGUUUGUGGGUAAUCUGAGCGCACUAUGUACAGCGGACGACCUGCAGGAGCUGUUCCAGACGUUUGGGAAGGUUCUGGAAUGUGACAAGGUUAAAGCCCGCCUGUCGUCUAACGCUGGCUACGCCUUCGUGCAUAUGGAAAGAAAGGAGGAUGCCCUCCAAGCCAUCGAGGCGCUCCACGGGACCACCUUCAAGGGCCGCCAGCUGUCCGUGGAGCUCUCCAAGGUGCAGCCUAGCAAGCCCACCACCACGGCAAAGGUGGGGGGCGUGGGGCUGGGCAUGUACCCCAGCGAGGUCCCCCUGACCAAGCCCUCCAUGGAGCACCACCAGAGCCAGGCCGCCGUGCUGGCUGCAGCUGCGGCGGCGGCAGCAGGCCUGCCCCUUCAGGUGCAGCAGAGUGUUCACAACUCGUUCUACAACACCACCAGCUUCGACCCCACCUAUGCCGCCCUCAAGGGCCUCACCUCCGCCAGCGGCUCAGACCGCACGCCUGUCAGCCCUGCCGUGUAUGGCGCCCUCGCCAGCCAGGUGUACGGCUCCGUGGCCAACCAGGUGUACGCGGACGCUGCCUCUGCCACCACCCCCGCCUACGAUGGCCAGUUCGACCAAUCAACAGUCCCGGAGGCGACCUCCGACCCCACAGCGGUGUUCGAGGCGGCCAGGGCGCGGUUCUUCCAGCAGGGCCAGCAGGUUCUGGCGGAGCAGCAGGCCGGAUCCAAGGCCGGGGAGCGGGACCGGAGCCCCGUCAGGCGCACUGCCCCCCUCCUGCCCGACCCAAACCCCACCUCCUUCCCUCAGUCACGCCCUAAACGCCGCGCCCUGCUUCCCACACCCCCCGGGGGGCCAGAGGACCCAGCUGCAGACGGAGACCCCAUAGCCAGGUGCUAUGCAGAGUACUAUCAGCAGGUGCAGCAGUACCAGCAGUACCAACAGUACCAGCAGCAGUACCAGCAGUACCAGUACGGCUACCCGCCCCCCCCGGCCAUGCCCCCGGUCACCAUGCCCACCGCCUCGCCGAUGGAGGGACACCUGGCCACGCCCAGAGCGUAUGACCCUCCUCCAGCACACAGGGAGCCCCUCCUCCAUCGCUAUGACUACUCUCACCUCCACACGCCAGAGCCCCCGUACCGAUAGCCCCCCCUCCCACUGUAGUCGUGUGUGUGUGUGUGUGUGUGUGUGUGCGUGCUUUUGAGAGGAUUUGAAGUGUACGGAUUGCAUGAGCGGUGUGUAUGUGCGGUAACCAGAAGUUAAUUCACCACCCCCUUGUCCUAAGGGCUCGUGUUAAACGGUACCUAGGUAGGUAAUUGUUGGUUAGCUUAGGUCAUGAUUGGGUGAACCUCCAAGAUGGAUAGACAGGCAGACACAGUAUUUUUUAGGUUCCAAUCAGUAGGUUCUAGAUUUCCAACUAUUGGUUCUAGGUUCCCAUCAAUAGAUUUGAGGCAGCACCGGGCCCCAUGUUGGACUGCCGGUCUUCUCCACCCAGAGAAGUGCCUUGUCGAACUCUGAAGUCAAGCGCAUUUGUAAAUGAUUGCAGAACUUCUCUGGACAGAAUGUUAGUGUGCCGGGUUUAGGGUUGUUGGGGUGGGGGCUAGGCUUGUAGUUUGGUGUGGUAGGGUGGGCGUAGUGGAGUGUCAGGCAAGGUAGAAAUGCUACCUGUGUGGACAGCUCCAAUAACGGUUUCUAGAGCAGUUAAGUGUUUGAGGCAAGUGAGCCAAGCAGUCAGGUGGGAUUACUUUAGCCUGGUUGGUUAGUUUAGCCUGGUGGGGUUGGUUUACCCUAGUUUGGUCAACUUAUCCCAAUGGGAUUAACCUAUCCUAGUGUGGUUAGCCUAUUCUGGUGGCAUUAGUUUAGCCCUGGGUGGUUAGUUUAGAUAGGUGGGGGCAGCCUAGCCUGUUGUGGUUAGCUUAGCCCAGUGUGCUUAGCUAAGCCUAGUCUAGUGUGGUUAGCCUAGCCCGGUUGUGUUAACCUAGCCCCGUGUGGUUAGUCUAGCCCGGUGUGGUUAGCUUAGCCUGAUGUGCUUUGCUUAGCUUGCAGGACAGAUGAGUGAAUGAGUGUGGAUGUGGAUGGAUGACUGUGUAUAAGUGACUGUGGCUAUAGGGAUCUGCCAGUGGCUUACCUAUGAUAACACACACACACACACACCUGUUGACCAGAUCUUAUGUUGAGUCCAAGAGAAAUGGUGAAUGUUAUGUUCUGUUUCUCUUCAAGGGUGGGACAGUUUCAGCCUACACACACACACACACACACAUUCAAUUCAGGGAACUGCAUAUUUUUUUCUAUUAGAGGUGAGGUUGAACUUUUGUCUCGGAACAGUCGGUAAUAACAGAGAUAAAAGAUAAAUGCUGGUCUAAGCCACGAAUGCUGCCCCCAUUCUAGUGGCUGAGCACCACAAACACCCCUACCCAAACAGCACCUGUAGGGACUGGGGUGUGGAGAUGCCUUGACCCCUGACCUUUAACCCUGAGCUCUGACCCUUGCCCCCCUGUAGGGUCAUGGUGGGGGUCAGGGGUCACGUCAGGAACAGCCAGACCACGCCCACACACCGUCUGGGCAGGACAGACUGUUGACACACUUUUACUUUGUCUUUAUUUUAUUUUUGGGUUGAUUUAAAAGCCGAUGAUGAUGAAGAUGGUAAUCCUUGUUUUUUUUCUGUGAGUGGAUCAUCAAAGUCAUGGGUUUUAUUGAAAUGUUGAACCAGAUUGACAGGCCAGGUUUAAAACGUCUAUUUUCUUCUACUUCUUCUCUGAAGCGUAUGUAACCCCUUUGAAACAUGAAGCAUCUCAAGGUGAAGUCAUGACGGAAGUGGUUCCUUGGUUUGAGAAUAAAGACCUAACUGUAACCAUGUGAGAUACCUGCCUCGACCCCCCCCCCCUCCCCCAUCUCCCCUCCCAACCCAAGCUGAGAUACGCGGAGCUGAUCCCUAGGAGUGGAUGAGUUAGGGUCCUCUCUUCUCCUCCCCCGAUCUCUCUCACACACACGGUCCUGUGUAUUCCACCUGUCUGCUGUGUUCAUGCAUGUGAGUGUACUGAUCUUACUGCUCCUGCAGCCACGUUUUCCCUCUCACUGACUAUUACAGCUCACAGCUGAUUGGCUGCUGACAGACAGGCCCCUGGAGCAAGGCUCCUGAUUGGCUCUCUGGACGCCCAGGGUGGUGACACGGGGGAAGGUUGCCAUGGACGCUGGUGGAGACCACCAAGGUAAACCCCCCCCCCCACGCCCCCCCCCCCCCCCACGCCCCCCUACCAACAACCACACACCUGGCAAUCACACACCUGACCACUCUCUGCCCUCACCUGAUCCAGAAGGGGGCUGGUAUUAAUGGAUGUAUUCCCAGUCUGAGAGGGGUGGAGAAGCUGGUAACGCCUCCUCCCAGUUUACUUUCAUGACUGCACUUUGACCACUCCUGACCAUGACCACACAGACCUGACACUGUAUUACAAAUAUCAACAACCACAACAGUGGACCACACCGCUCUUGACCAAACUACACCACAACACAUCACACACAGCAUCCACCCUUGACCACACUAGAACCACACAACCAUACCUGACCAUGACCCCAGAUGACCUGCCCGCUCCUAGAGUCCUUUCGCCCUGCCGUCGCCUCAUGUCAUAACUCAUAGGUCAUAGGUCAGGCUCCAUCUACAGUUGCCAUGGAUAUGUUUGUCAUACAUCAUCUAGCGUCCUUAUCUACUGAUAAAGGGGGUUGAGGGAGGGGAGGUUGGGGUUGGAGAAGUUGCCCAUACUUGUGUUGUGGCGUGUUUCUCUGAGGUGUUUCCUGCCAGAGGGGAAGUAGUCACGCUCUAAUGAGGAAGUAGGAAGUAGGGUAUCUCCGUCUGUCGCACGGCAUGCUGGGUGAGUAACCUGCCUCCACCAACCAGGUACAGAACCGCCCACCACCUCAGCCAAUCACUGACAACCUGUACACCACGUUAACCAAUCACUGACAGCUUGGACAGUGCCCUCAACCUAUCACUGAGCACCAUGGCACGUUGUGGUUGUGCCAGAGAAGCAGGCUAAGAUGGAGCCCACAACCGUCUUCUCACCUCGUUGCCAGAAAGAAAUGAUGAAUAAACAAAUGACAAUUACUCAAUUUUAUGGUUUUGAUUUCAUGUUAUUUCUUUUCUUUUUUUUUAUGUGUAAUUUGAAAGUCAUGAAUUUCAAUUUUCUGUCUUCUUCCUAAGGUUGAAUAAAUAACUUAGAGAUGA